UGUUCUGACGUCAGUUGGAGACCAAAGCGGAGGUUGGGCGACCAGUGUGACUGUGAAUGACAGUCCCGUGAAGCUCUGUGAAAGAUCAAGGAAGUGAUUGCUAAACCGCCUGAGUUGGACGAGAAACAAGACGUUUCUUUUGAAAUUUUCCGCGAUUUCAGCCACAGAGAACACAGCUUCUGAGGGGGUAUUCCUGCAGUCUCUUGGCCAUGUCUCCUGGGCCUCGCGUUGAGCUCACAGAAUGGAUCUGUAGGUCAUCAUCAUCACUGUGAGACCUGCCCAGUCCCUGUUAUCGCCCAAUCAUGGCCCCCGUGCCACCUGGCAUCCGCUUCCUGGCCUCCUUCAACAGAGACCAGUGGUACAGAGCCUUCACAUUUGGCCUCACCUUCCUGCUGUACACCAGCUUCCACCUGUCCAGAAAACCCAUCAGCAUUGUCAAGAGUGAGCUGCAUAAGAACUGCUCAGCUCUCCAUGAGCUCUCCUUAGCUGGUAGUAGGCAGCCGCAGAGCCUCCACACAGACUGCAGCUGGAAACCCUUUGAUAAAAGCAACUAUAAGCAGCUUCUGGGAGCCAUGGACUACUCCUUCCUCUGUGCCUACGCUGUGGGAAUGUUCCUCAGUGGCAUCAUCGGCGAGCGCCUGCCCAUCCGUCUGUACCUGACGUUUGGGAUGCUGAUGAGUGGCCUCUUCACCUGCCUGUUUGGUCUGGGCCGCAUCUACAACAUCCACAACCUCAGCUUCUAUAUAAUUGUCCAGGUGGCCAAUGGCUUGGUUCAGACUACUGGCUGGCCCAGUGUUGUCACAUGCAUCGGGAACUGGUUUGGGAAGGGAAGGAGGGGUCUCAUCAUGGGCGUAUGGAACUCCCACACCUCCGUAGGCAACAUCCUGGGCUCUUUGAUCGCAGGUUACUGGGUCUCCUCCAACUGGGGCUUGUCCUUCAUCGUCCCCGGCCUCGUCAUCGCUUUCAUGGGUGUCGUCUGCUUCCUCUUCCUCAUCGAACAUCCAAAUGAUCUGAGAAGCAUCCAUGAUGUACAGAGCCCUGCUCCCAGCAACAAUAGCUGGAAGGAGGUGAAUGGACACAAGCAGCUCUGUCAUUCGUACAAACAAGGAGGCAAAUCUCAGAACUGGGACACAGAUUUGCUGCUUCCUGUACAGCAGGUGGUGGUGGUGAAGAGUGAAUCAGAGCCGUCGGCCAUCAGCUUCAUGGGAGCUUUACGCAUACCGGGAGUGAUAGAGUUCUCUCUGUGUCUGCUGUUUGCCAAGCUGGUCAGCUACACCUUCCUCUUCUGGCUGCCGCUCUACAUCACUAAAGCAGCUCACCUAGAUGCCAAGAAGGCCGGAGAUCUCUCCACUCUGUUUGACGUGGGAGGAAUUGUGGGGGGAAUCCUGGCUGGGGUCAUAUCUGAUAAGCUGGGAAAGAGGGCCACCACCUGUGCAGUGAUGCUGCUGCUGGCUGCUCCUACUCUUUAUGGCUUUUCUAUGAUCAGUGAGUUUGGACUGGGACCCACCAUCGGUAUGCUGCUGGUGUGUGGAGGUCUAGUGAAUGGACCAUAUGCCCUUAUUACAACCGCAGUGUCUGCUGAUCUGGGAACACACAAGAGCCUGAAGGGCAACUCCAGAGCCCUUUCAACUGUCACAGCCAUCAUCGACGGCACAGGAUCAGUAGGUGCAGCGAUAGGCCCCCUCCUGGCAGGAGUGUUGUCGUCACGGGGAUGGUACCAGGUUUUCUACAUGCUGAUGGCAGCGGACUUCCUAGCACUGUUGCUGUUGCUGCGGCUGGUGACGAAGGAGCUGACCUCCGCUAACGUGGUUAAACCUCGUUCUGGCAGCACCACCGUAGAGAUGAAGGAGCACUAAGCACUUAGCACUAAACUCCAGACAGAGGAGCGAACAGACUUAGUACAGACACACACACUGCAUCUUAUACCACUAACCUGUACCUCUGUCCAGUAACUGAACUAGUGUGAAGCAGCACCUCUUGGAACCGAAUGAAAGCCGAUGAAGAUUCAGUAACAGAGGAUAAUAAAGCAACCAAGCCUUCCAAAGUUCAUCUGAGCACAAACCACUACAACUUUUAUUUUAGUUGUUCUACAGCACACUGGGCUUAAAAAAAAAAAAAAAAAAAAAAUGGUUUACUGUCACAUCUGCCUUAUGGAACCAAAGAUUGUGGGGAAAUGCAUUAUAAUUUAUAUGAAAUUAUUAUUAUUAUUAUUUAAGUUGACAUAUUAUUCUGUUCUGCUGUGUAUUUUCUCUGUAAAUAAAGUAAUAUGCAGGGACUGCAAUGUAUUUUUAUAUGAUCACCAAAUGAUGUUUAUGUUUGGUGACUUGAAUCCUAUGAAUGUAAAAUGUGUGUUUGAGUAUGAAAUUCUAUAUACCAACUCUAACUGAUGAGGAGGAUCAAUCAUUUCUCAAUAAGCUUUCUUUAGGCAGUGCGAUGUUGAAAACUAUAGUGAUGUUCUUAUGUAGAAAAUAUCAAAUGCCGUCAUCCCAAACCUUAAACACUCACAUAAAGUGAGUUCAUUUAGUCUGCCUCUAGAAUUGUGAACAUUUUGAAUGUGUUCCUUUGACUAAUGCUUGCUACCUCGAGUCCUUAAGAGUGUCACGCACAAAAUGCCAAAUGUGUGAAAUAAGGCAGGCUAUAAUAAUCUGAGAAAAUCAUCUAUAUUCUUUACUUUCAUGAUGGCACAUGCGGAGGCUGUAGUCAAUUCCAAUUCACUUCCUGUAUUAAACUGAAUUGAAAUGGAAAAGACCCCAUCCAACAACAUGUCCAUUUUAUUUAUGUGGAGAUAGAGCAUAUCUUCGUGGAAGAGAACUUCAGUGGUAGUACUUGAAAUACUGUGUGCCUUUUUGUUUGUUGGGCAGUUGCUUUGUUCUGUUACUAAUGUCUGAACCUUACCUGAUUACCAUAACUACACGGUCUUGGUGAAAAUUGUAGAUUUGUAAAGACUUGGUAUAUAAAUAAAAAAGAUGGCGUGGCUGCAUUA